AGUUGCGAACCAGCACCCCAAGUGGUAGCACCUUUAUCGCUCGUUACCGUGAAAAUUGAUAAUAUUUCUGUACUCUCCUAUCAGUAUCAAACCGACUCACGAAAGUUUUGAAAAAGAAAAACGUACCAAAAAGGACCUCUGAUUUAAAAUACCGAACAUCAGCAAUAAAAGUUGAAGUGUGAUUGUAAAAGCUUGUAAAUGUGCAAAUGAUACAACACUCAAUAGUGUGAAUUUUCGCCAAUUUAUUGGACAGAGAAAAAAAAGCAGAUAGAGCUACAAAAUGCACCAUAUGGUGAUGGAAACGCCAGAAGCCUCAAUAUUGUAUUGAGGAAGGAACGUGCAAGGAAAAGACGCUAAAAGUAUCCCAAAAAUUUUCAUCUAACGUCCAAGGCGACAAGAAAAGUUACAUAAGAAGCAACAACAGCAUCAUAGGGGUGAAAAUAGUUGCAGCAACUAAUUUUGUAGGAAACUUUAGAAACGUGAUGAUACGCUGGGAAGAGAAUAUAAAAGCACAAUCCCAAUUGUACUCAUACAUCUCUUGUCAUUCAUCAGCAAAGCUGUCUUGGAAUUUCCUUUAAACCACAAUCCACUGGAUUAUGCAGUACCAAUGGUAAUCCGUCGAGGUUUCGCGAAAACGCAUCAAAUCUCGUAAAUUAAUCCUGGAAAAGUGGAAUCAUCGACAGCACGAGUGGAUAAAGAAUGCACAGAGAAUCACUGGAUCACGAUGAUGAGAACAAAGGACAUAUUUAAUCGCAUCGAAAAAUUUCAUAAAGCCCCAUUGAAACGUAGUUUAGUGGAAAUAUUGUCGAUUCUAUCGGUUGUGAUUCUUUCAUCUGUUGGAUAUGCCAGAGCAUUUGAGCCGGACUUUGUGUUCCCAUUGGAAAACGUGACAGUAGCAGCGGGUCGAGAUGCGACAUUCACAUGUGUUGUCAACAAUUUAGGUGGUUAUAGGGUGAGUGGGGACCCAACACAAGCGAGGGUCGCAUGGAUUAAAGCCGAUGCAAAAGCCAUAUUAGCAAUUCAUGAGCAUGUAAUCACAAAUAAUGAUCGUCUUAGUGUGACGCACAACGAUUUUAACACAUGGACUCUUGUGAUCCGUAAUGUAAAGAUGGAAGAUCGGGGUCAGUACAUGUGUCAGGUCAAUACAGAUCCAAUGAAAAUGCAGACUGCAUUUCUGGAAGUGGUCAUACCCCCGGAUAUCGUAUAUGAGGAGACUUCGGGUGAUAUGAUGGUGCCAGAGGGUGGCUCAGCAAAAUUAGUAUGCAAAGCGCGUGGCUACCCAAAACCCAAAAUUGUCUGGAGGCGAGAGGAUGGUCGAGAAAUCAUAGCCCGGAAUGCACCACAUGGGAAAACAAAAUCCCUAGCUGUCGAGGGUGAGACUCUGUGGCUGUCCAAACUAACAAGAUCUGAAAUGGGUGCCUACCUCUGUAUAGCAUCAAAUGGUGUACCACCUUCGGUGAGCAAAAGGAUGAAACUGCAAGUUCACUUUCAUCCACUCAUUCAGGUCCCAAAUCAACUUGUGGGGGCUCCAUAUGCGACAGAUGUCACACUAAUUUGUAAUGUGGAGGCGUCUCCGAAAGCCAUAAACUAUUGGCAACGCGAAAAUGGAGAAAUGAUCAUAACAAAUGACCGAUAUGCAAUGACAGAAACAGAAAAUUCUAUGUAUGCAGUGCAAAUGGUUUUGGUCAUAAGGAAACUUCAAAAAACAGACUUUGGGGGAUUUAAAUGUAUAUCAAAAAAUAGUAUUGGAGAUGCAGAGGGUACAAUUAGAUUAUAUCAAAUGGAGCCACCGAAAUCAACAAAAAAUCAACACAGACAAAAUGGAGAAGAUGAUAGUAGUGGAAGUUCGGAAAAUAAUUUAUCAACGAACGACGACCUGCACGAGGAUGGGAACAUCAUCAACAAAAACGGACGCCACUACAAAGGUCUGCAGUCCGGUGAACCCGAUAAUAUGAAUAACUCUGCAAAUAAUGGUAGACUUGCCGCGAACCAUUUCAUCAUUCUGCUCUUCGUGCUCUUCCAAACUAUACAUUUGGUGAGUGUGGCUUCUGCCAGCAUCCAGAGAUAUCCAUUUUCAGUGCUUUCAUAGUAAUUGAAAAUUUUCCAACUCAAUUGAAAGAAUGAUAGACGGUGUAGACCAAGAAAAUACAACUUUUCUAUUAAAGCAAAAUGUAAUAAACUGCCCCAAAUGUAACUUGACAAAGAAAUUAACCAAUGCGACCUUUCAACUCCUCACUUUCACCUUUUAGUCUGCUCUUUUACAAAAUACUCAUUCACUUUGCAGUCCUGUUACAAAAACAAAACUACUAAAACAUAAAACUGAAAAUUUACGUUAAUAUCUUCAGUUCUGAGUUAAGUUGACAGAACCAUAAUGUUAUUCUAACUUUUCGUCAAGUGAGAAAAGAUUUAGAAGAUAAUUUUUGUAAAUAAAGAAUUUCUAAAUAAACAAGAAAAAACAAUUUAUACCAGAAAUUAAUAAAAGAAAACCACGAGACUCGUAUUCCAUGUAAUACUAUUACAUUAUAAUGGAAAGGAUAUUAUAGUAAACUUUAGUGACUACAUAUUUACGAGGAAAUUACCAAUCUUACCAGAUUAUAAAUGUUUAAUUGAAUGUUAAUUAUUGUGUUUAUGUUUAAUUUAUUUGCAGUAAGUAUCUAGCAAAUGUUACUAAUAGCACAUGAAUUGAGAAAAAAAGUGUAAAGACUUUACGAAAAGUCAGUUUGAAAUUUACCAUCAUGCAAAAUGUUAAAAAUACAUUCAGAGAAAUAACGAUACAAUCAUCUAUACAUUAGAAUACUAAAGGUAACUAAAAAUUUAGAAAGCAAAGAUUUCUUUUCUUGGAAAUUAUUGAAAAUCCCAAGUAGCACUUCCUGGCCAAAGACAUGUUAUUGGGUCAUGGACGUCGCGUUGUUUGAAUGCUUUCAUAAUCUUCAAUGAUUCCUCAGCAGAAUGACUAAAAUCUUACAAACUAAUAAAAAUCAAAAUGAAUAUAAAUUAAGUUUCGAAGCGCCGACGUCAUGGUGACCAUUGAUUGUAACACCCUUUUACUACAUCCAAAAUGAAAAAUCAAAAAUGUGGCUAUCUCUUAACCAUUUGCAAUAGACUCUCGCUAAUUCAGCUCUUUCAAGAUCGGGCUACUUUUUAAUUCGGGCGGCAGUUAAAUUCGAAAAUAGUUUGUUGACAUUUUUCAAGUUCGAUUAUGAUUAUCAAAUGUAGCAAAUAUGCUCAAAUUUGUUAUGAUUUUUCUUAGUGUUGAUGUAAUUUUGCAUUAUUAAGUGGUUUUCAUGCAAUUUAUAAUAGCAAUGAGCAUGUAAACUCAAUAUGAGUAUGCAAAUGAACAAAAAAAACGUUGCAUUUGAAAAAAUUUGACGUCCAAAUUUCUCUCUAAUUCGGUUGACAUUUCUGUCCCAAAUGCCCGAAUUUGAGAGAGUAUACUGUAUGUUUAUUUCUUAUAUAUCCUCAUUUUUUAACACGUUUAUCAACGAAAGUUAAAGGGAUCAAAUCCAUAAAACACACUUUAAAAAGAAUUCACAAAGAAGACAUGUCAAAAAUUUUCCUGCUGAAUGUCAAAAACACACAAAAAUCUUUUAAAAUUUUCACUAAAUAAGUCGUUUUUACACAAAAUAUUGAUCACAGAACACUCCAGAAACCAUAGCGAACUCCUAAACCACCAAAUUUCAUUUUCCAAAAAAAAUGCUUGUGUGUUUAUCAUGCAAAAAAAUGCUUAUUUUUUUCUUAAUUCCUGCCGACACCGUACUUUUUCGAAUCACCAAGACACAUCUCUACCGGGGGAGGUUUUUCUCUCAAUGCACACUAUAAUAUUCUUGAGAAAAUACGCAAAAAUAUCGCGAAUAUAACGUGAAUGUACGAAUUUACAGUACUGAGUAAUUCUAUUUGCCAUUUGACAAGUCAAAUUUCCGCUAAGCUAUACCCAGUGAAGGGAAGAUUUUUAUAGAUACAUUGGAAGUCACUGGAAGAGUCCAUUUUGGCGCGUCAUAUUUUAGUCGUGGACGAGUAAUCUCAGAGUUAUUACGACGCCAAGUGACUUUCGUAAUAACCGUCAUAUUAUUCCCCACUUUCCCUCAUUCGACUGUCUGACGAUCGUCACAGGACCCGUUUUUGGAAUCCAUAAUAUAUGCAUCCAACGGUAAUCUUCCUCAAAAUUGCCGUUUGGGUAGGGACACUGGAAGAUUCAAUUUUGGCGCGUCAUAUUUUAGUUGUGGGCGAGUAAUCUCAGAGUUAUUACGACGCCAAAUGACUUUCCCCAAAUAGCAAUUUGGAGUAUGAUUACCGUUGGAUGUAUGUAUUCUGUAUUCCAAAAACGGAUCCUGUGACGAUCGUCAGAGAGCCGAAUGACGGAAAGUGGGGACUAAUACAACGGUUAUUACAAAAGUCACUUGGCGUCGUAAUAACUCUGAGAUUACCCGCCCAUGAGUAAAAUAUGACGCCGAUUUCCAGUGACUUUCAGUAUCCCUAUAAAAGUCUUCCCCUCGCUGGGUAUAUCUGAAGGGGAAAUUUCACUUGUCAAAUGGAAAAUAGAACUAUUCAGUGCUGUAAAUUCGGAAAGUAAUUGAUAUUUUCGCGUGUUUUCUCAACAAUAUUUUAGUGUGCAUUGGGAGGAAAAAUUGUCCCGGUAGGGAUGUGUAUGUAAUUCGAAAAAGCACAGAGCCGACAGGAAUUAAGUGAAAAUUAGGCAAUUUUUGGCAUGAUAAACACACAAACAUUUUUUUGUAAAAUGAAUUUUUGUGGUUCAGGAGUUUGCUAUAGUUUCUGUAGUGUCCUGUCAUAAAAUUUUGUGUCGAAAAGACCUAUUUAGUGAAAAUUUUAAAAUAUUUUUUUCUGUUGUUGCUAUUAAAUUGAAAAAUUUUCGACAUGUCGGAUGCCUCAUUCAGCAAUAGUCGAACGGCGAAAAUCUUCGCAAAUUUAAGUAGUGAAUUAAGAAAAAAAUAGAGAAAUUUACAUAGAACGUAGUAGAAAACUACAGAAAAUGUGAAGAAUUGUUUAGAAAACAGUGUCUGCGGUGGUAGUGCAAUACAAAGUUGUGAAAUGCACUUAACGUCUUCAUUCAAAGUGCGUACGUCGAUUUGGUACUUAUGCGGUAGAAAAGGACGACAAAUGCAUUGUUUUUGGCGCGUCAUUUUUUGUACGGAAAAAGAGCAUCGUUUGGAGUCACUUUUGUUACUGCAUGGCAGAGUAAAUUUUAGAAUCGUGAAAUAACGAUAAUAUUACUAAUUCAAUAUUGAGUAAUACUGCGACCAAAAUACAACGCGAAUGCGACUAAUGUUUAAGAUUCCAAUUAGGAGUAAUCUUUUAGAUCAUUUCUUGUACACAAAAACGAGUCAUUUUUGAGUCAGAGUAAUUUUUUGCGGAUAGAGGGGCUUUAUACCUCCAGUGCAAUGCCGUAACUAAACCAAUAUGUCAAUUUACUUAGCGAAGAGUAGGUUUUGCUACUUGGGAUGAUUGACAAAGAAACUUUUUUUCUAAACUCUCAUAAAAUUCAUAAACAUAUUCGGUUAAUAAAUUGAUAGUUUAGACAGUAAAUAUAUUAAAAAUUUAAAAAUAUUGUUUUUAAAUAAAAUUUUUAAAUUUUUAAAAUUAAAAAAAAAAUUUAAAAAUAAUACAAAAUUAU